GUUUCCCAUUUGGGUUAAAUUCUGACCCUGUCAUGCAAGCAGUUGAAGGAGGAGACUGUUCCAAUGUUAAAGACAGCAAGUUCAAAGCAACAGACCAUAAAGGCACUGUGCAGACACUAAGCAAUGCAAUGGUGCCUCUUGAGGAGGACAACUUACGGAGUAUGAAAGAAAAUAAAGCCAUGAAACCUGAAUCAGGCUGUAAUGACUACAGUCUUGCAGCUAAGCCAACUCGUCAAUGUCCAUUUGAGGUUUAUUUAAAAAAGUGCACACAAUUAGAGAAGGAAAACCUAGAGGUUAAGAAGAAGCUUAAAAAGACAGAGAAGUAUUCCAAGGAAUGCAAAACAGAACUGCAGAGAUUUGUGAAUAGGUUUAAAGAGUUUAAGACCAUAAACAAAGACCUGGAUUCGAAGAACACGCACAUUCUCAUUAAAAACCAGCAAAUGAGGCAAAGAAUUACAGAGGUCUUAAAGCAGACCAAACCUCAAGAUCUAGUAAGAGUCACCAAAUGUUGUGAACACCACUGUCAGGAGAAGCAGCAACUAAGAGAAACCAUUUUACUCCAAGAGGGGCUGAAGAACUUGGCAGAACCAGUUGAAACUCAAAGAAUGAAUCAGGAUUCGGAAAUCAAGAUUGUAACUCAGCUACAACAGGAAAACCAAGCUCUAAGAGAGAGGCUGGACCACAACAGUCAGGUCAUAAAAGAUGCUGAGAGUAGAGCCGAGAGAGUUCAGCAGGAGCUGGGUGAGCUUGAGUGUUGUCUGCUCACUGUACAGACUGAGAGAAAUCUACUCAGACAUGAAGUGAAGAGGCUCCAUAAGGAUUACAUCAGCCUUACUAACAGCAUCUCACUGCAGCUCAAAGGAAACAACAAAGCUGCUGGUCUCAGGGGGGUUUCAGGGAAACCCACAAAGAGCAAUGCUUUACAGUCACCAGGACAACAUCUACCAGGAUCCUGUGGGUAUAUGAAAAGACAUUUUAACAUUUGA